AUGGCAAGCCGCAGAAGCAAACGCCUUCCCAGAAGGCUUAUGCUAAGCUUGAGGAAGCUCGCUUGGCCCUGUCGCCGACUGCCUUGCGUACCGCUUUGGAUAAGGAAGCUGUUGCCGUCGUCGAUCCUUCAAAGCCAUCCUCGGAGGAUGAAAACAGCCCGUACCAACUGA